AUGCCACCUCCCUCUUCCCCAGCCCUUCCGCUCAAUGUAAAUUCCUCUGGAACUCCUUCGAGACCGAGCACUUCAAGUCCGGGCUCGUCUUCUGCUGCAACUCUAACCACUACAAAGAACUCCGCGACCACUUCCGAUAUUUCCAGUCCUCAUGAGCUGACGGCCUAUGUCGAGUCCCUCCUGGAACAACUCGACACAAAAUUUGACGAUAUGUCUACCCAAAUUCUUGAUCGCAUGAUGCAGAUGUCUACGCGUGUUGAUGCGUUGGAAGCCGCAAUACAAGACAUCAUCAACGGUGAUACAACAGUUGGACCUCCCAGCUUGCCCCAAUCCCCUGCUACUUCCCAGCGGAGGCCUGGAGAUUUCUGA